CCAUCUCCAUUUUCUCUCCAUCGGAGCUCUCGCUCUCUCUCUCUCUCAACACAUUCUAAUAGCUAGAAAUACACACACAGAGACAAAGUAGAAGAAGAAGAAACCAAACCCAAUCCAGAGAGUGAGAGAGAGAGAGAGAAAUGACCACAAGAGAUAACCCACAACAACCAAACGGCGAGCGUAGACAAAGGCCACCGGCACCACCACCACAACCACAACCACAAGCACCACCUUCUUCCAAUGGUUACCAUCAACAACGGCAACAUCAACAGCAGCACCGCCCGUACUGUCCAACGACACCGUCUCGUUCGUCUUCGUCGGCGUCAUUCAAAGGGUGCUGUUGCUGUCUCUUCCUGCUAUUCGUAUUCCUAGCACUUCUGGUGCUAGCGGUGGUGCUGAUUAUCAUCCUCGCCGUGAAGCCCAAGAAGCCACAGUUCGAUCUUCAGCAAGUUGGGGUUCAGUAUGUGGGUAUCAUACCCUCCAACGACCCAACCGUCACCGUCACGGGAACCGCCGCAUCACUCUCACUCACCAUUCGGCUACUCUUCACGGCCGUUAACCCUAACAAGGUGGGGAUCAAGUACGGCGAGUCCAGGUUCACCGUUAUGUACCGUGGGAUCCCGUUGGGGAAAGCUUCCGUUCCCGGGUUCUACCAAGAAGCUCACAGCGUAAGACAGGUGGUGGCCACCAUUGCCGUCGAUCGGGUCAAUUUGCUUCAGGCGGAUGCCGCCGAUUUGAUCAGAGACGCUUCCCUCAACGACCGAGUCGAGCUUCGAGUCUUGGGCGAUGUUGGUGCUAAGAUCCGGAUCAUGAACUUCGAUUCUCCUGGUGUUCAGGUCUCCGUGGAUUGUGCUAUAGCGAUCAGUCCAAAAAAGCAAUCUCUGACUUACAAGCAGUGUGGAUUCGACGGAUUGAGUGUUUAAUGAGGGAUAGUCAUAUCAUUCUUGUUGACUGUAUCAAUGUCCUUAUUUUCCACUCAAUUUCUCAUUUGACUCUCAUUUCUUCAAUUAAUUUAAGGAAGAAAUGAGGAAGGAUAAGAGUGAGAGAAAAUUUGGGUGGGGUAUAAGAUCGAAUUUAGAAUGGUUAUCAAGGGAGUCACAAGAAAUUAUUAAACUGCCAAGUCAAGGAAGAAGGUUUUGGAAAGGAUGAUAUCAAAUUGGAGUAUUAAACGUUUUCUCCAUGAAUUUUUCAGAAAUUUUUUAAUUGGUUACUUCACUUGGAAGGCAAAAAUCUGCGGAACAACGUGUAAACUGUAAAGUAAAUCCAAUGAG